AUGUAUGUUGCAAGUUGGAAGCAGAUUUCUACUCUUGAGAAAAGUGGUAUGGUCUCUAAUUCUCAACAUUCUAGUUCAAUCACGCAGUGGCAGUCUCCUCCCUGUGGGUUUUUGAAGAUAAACAUAGACGUUGCCAUGGACUCCGAGAGACACCGUAUGGGGUUCGGGUGGGCAGUCCGGGACGCCUCUGGUGUUUUAUUGGGUAUGGCUAUGCUUACAAUGGAGGGGCUUUACUCGGUUAAGGAGGCGGAAGCUAUGGGCGCGAGAGAGGCUCUAAGUUGGUUGAAGGCUAAAGGGUGGCAGUCUGUGAUCCUUGAAACUGAUGCUCAGGUCGUCACUAACGCUGUGCGUGGUGGGAAGAAUUUAACUCCUUUCGGGGCUAUUAUCGAUGACAUUCGUAGUUAUUUGAAGGAAUUACCGUAUGUUCGUUUUCAGUUUGUUAAACGUAGUGGUAAUAUGGUCGCUCAUACUGUUGCUUUUCAUGCUUUACAUUACUCGGCUGGGGGUUUUAGUGAGUGUUUUACUUCUAGCCCUCGGUUCCUUUCUGCUGUAAUGUAUGGCGAUUUCUCGCAUUAA